GCCUACCUGCUUGCAUAUUUUCAGCCAUCUACAUGGAACCAGUCGCCAGAAAUCUCCAACCGAAAACAGCCUGUUUCUUAGGAAGUUUCAACCAUGUGCUUGUAAACUGAGGACAGAUCCAACCCACACAGUACCAGGCAGAAGGAAUCCCACAGGGCUGGUAUUCUUCUUUUCAGAAGGCCCAGGUAAUCUUGAAGAGCACAUACCUUUUUUCGAUGCUCAUAACUGACAUAGCAAUUUAAUGGCUAGGUGCAUAUUGCGUUCACACCGUAGACAGACAACAAAUAGACAUCAGACUACAUUCAGACCUCGAGAUUUGGGGACAGUUAAUGCAGUUCAUGCAGUUGAUGACGCAACGGUGUUGAAGCUCUUUAAGCAGUUCCUUGGCUUCACCCUGGCCCUGCUUGGCUGGUUAGAUGUGAUCCUCGUCUGUGGACUGCCCAUGUGGAGGAAAACAUCCUAUGUUGGCAGCAAUUUCGUCACGUCUCAGAGCGUCUGGGAGGGAAUCUGGAUGAACUGCACAGUGCAAAGCACCGGGAAGAUGCAGUGCACCGUCUACGACUCAAUGCUGGCUCUCAGCAUGGACCUUCAGGUUGCUCGUGCCCUGGUGGUUAUAUCAUUGGGGUUUGGCAUCGUUGGGCUUCGCAUGUCUUUCACCUCUCAUAAGUGCAACAACUACGUCCUAGAUAAAAACAGCAAGAAGGAAUCUGACAUCGCUUCAGGUGUGGUUCUGAUCAUCUCUGGAGUCUUGUGCCUGAUCCCUGUUUGUUGGACAGCCAGCACAAUCACUAACGACCUCUACAACCGUGGACUGGUGAACGGCCAACGGCACAAACUGGGGGCUUGCCUCUACAUUGGCUGGGUGGCCAGCUUUUUUCUGGUGGUUGGAGGAGGACUUCUCUGCAGUUCUUGUCCUAGAACGGAUGAUCAAAAACAAACAAACAAAACGAGUACCAGCUUGUGAACUUGUCUAGUAGGCUUUUUUGCAUCUGUUUUAAUCACUUACAUCUGAACGCAUUGGAUGGACAUUAGGAAAUAGAAGUAGGCCUAUAUGAUAAUGCAUUGGGUUACAGGGUGUCUUUGGUGGGUAGCACAUUUGCCUCCCAGCUAUGGGGUCUUUGGUUUAAGUCUCUAACUUGGUGAUGUUUUCAAAAACAUGAAGAUCAGUAAAAUUUAGUACUCUAAAUUGUCCUUGUAUGUGUGAGCAUGUGUGAAACUAUACAUAUGUGAAUGUAUGUCUGUGUUCCCAGUCAUGGAUUGGCACUCUGUUUUGGGUCAAUGCUCUUAUAAAUGCUCGAUGCAGUCCUUCAGGUUGACUGUAGUUUCCGGAUACCGACACUGACAAAUACUGACUGUGUGUUGAUUUAGUGUUGAAUGUAAAGGACUGGGUGGGUGUCUUGAAAGGCACUGUAUAAUUGUAACUUCAUUCAUUAACACAUACUGUAAACGCAUGUAAAUGUUGAAAAGACUGUGCUUUUUCUUUUUGAUGUUAUCUUAAAGAAUUACUGAGUUAAUUGUAUAGUUCUAUAAAAUAUUUGCUACAUGUAAUAUAUAUUAUGCAUUUAUUGUGAGCUAUGGGAUACAAUAAUAAUAUCAAGUCAAAAAAAUAAUUUUGAUAGCCUUAUAGGUCUCAGUUUCAACCUCUUGGACCCUAUGUACCUUAUUAAACUAUUAAUGUUUAAUGAAAAACUGUUAUGACAUCAUGGAAUUCCACAGGAAUGUAAUGCAGAUAUGUAUAUGGGGAACUGAACAAUUUUAUCAAGUCUUAUCUGACUAAAAUAUGUUAUUUAUGAUUCAGGAGCUUUUAUAACUCAUAAGUGACGUUUAAUGUAUUUUAAAUUUGUGUUUUUAUUUGCUGUAUAUGGAUUAGAUGCAAGUGUCUUGUACCAUCAAAUACAAUUAAUUUACUGUAAUGGGCACCUAUCUGGCACCAAAUCAUACUUUAUCAAUUGGUGGGACACCUCUUCCCUAGAGGAACACCUAACUGGGCAUUGUCCUGUUUUCUCACCUGAAGGAGAAACGUAUACGUCACUGCAUCCUGUUUUCUUCACUG